AUCUUAAUAACAGAGAACAGUCACUUAUGAAAACCAUACUUGUGAUGAACUUGGAGGUUAAAGACAACCACGAAGAAGCAGCUAUUGGUGGCCGACUUGCCUUGGAACUCUGUCAAGAGAUUGAAGGUAAUGAAACAUGGGAAGAUUCGAUCGAUGACAUUGUUGCAGGAUUUGAAAAACAACAUAGACGGAAACUGGUCUAUAGCAUCUCAUUCUACUGAAGAUACCAUCAUCAGUCGCAUUAACGGUCAUAUUAUGUAGGUUGCUGUUCUGUGACCCGAGUCUUGAGAUAUUCGACAAAAUAUUUUUCUCAUCGGUUAUAUAUGCUUUAGGGUUAAAUUCUUGAGAGUGUAGAAGAAAUUGCUUGUUAGAAACUUCCUUUGUUUGAUUCCUCCUUGCUAGAAAGUUGUAAGACCCUUGAUGAGCUAUGUUGCAAUACAAAUGCGUUUUGUUUGUGUGUUGA